AUGAAGAUCUUCCAGCAGCACACCGAAUUCGACUACUCGUGGGAAGAGGUGUCGACGUCGAAUUGGCGGAAGUACGGGCCCUGGAACAAGUUGAGCACCCAUGUCAUCGCCGUUGACACGCUUUCGCGCGCUGUCGACCCCGAAACCGGCAUUCUGCGAACGGAACGGCUCAUCACCUGCAAACAAUCCUCGCCAAAAUGGAUAAACUCGCUCCUCGGCGGCCAAGACACGUCGCUCGUGUACGAAACGUCCUACGUGGAUCCGACAGCGAAGAAGGUCACAAUGUGCUCAAUGAACAUGACCUGGUCGGACCUCCUCAACGUGCGCGAGACAUGCGUCUAUUCCCCCUCGGGCGCGUCACCCGACGCUAAGACACUGUUCGAGCAGCGCGCUGAGAUUACCGCGCUGUGCGGCGGCUGGCAAAAGAUCAAGAACAGCAUCGAGCAGUUCACCGUCGAACGCUUCCAGCAGAACGCGGCAAAGGGACGGGAGGGGUUCGAGAUGGUGCUAGAGAUGAGCAGGAAGGUUUUCGCCGAGCAGAGAGAGUUGAUGAAGCUCCAGAACGAGUCGGAGAUCCUGAAGGCAGCGAAGUUCUAAACGUGUCGCCAAUCACCCGCCUCUUCAAUUCAACACUCCCAAGGAUCCCGGACGACAUCCUCCAGCCUCUCUCCGACCUUGUCUCCAUACUAUGUCCGAUCCGCGGUACAAUCCCCCCCGCUCUCUCUCCUGCGCAUCUGUUUUUGCCGCGUUACCAGCGAUCAUCUCAUCACAUCCACGCUCCGGUUGGUCCUGGAUG